AGGCACAGUACAUAUGAUUAGUGUGAGUGGCGAAACGAAAGGUGGACUUCCCAUUCUGAUUCGGGUGUAGAAGUAGUAUUUGUUUUGGGUUAAGGAAGAGUAAACGCCAGCUUCAUCAAAAUCGUAAAGAAAUGCGACAUGGAUAGGAUGAGUUAUCCGUCAAACUCUUCAAUGCCAAAUGGCAUCGGCCAUGCCCAGUGGCAACAGACUCGGGGAUUAUAUACCGGUAUUAACAACAACAGUCCGUCACAGCAAGUUCAGGCACAGAAUCAUCAACAAUCCCAACAAGGAAGUACCUCUCACCAGGCGGCCAUUUCUGGUGCACCACACAUGACCACCAAUAUUCAACAAACACUCCAUCAUAGGGCAUUCCAACCGGGCAAUGCAGAUUCGCUCUCGGAUAAUUUUCAAUUCGGACAGGUUAUGCCCACUGAAAUGCAGAAUGGACUGAAUAAUAACCGGCUGGGACAGGGCCAGCUUCAGGGGCAACCGGUUGUGAAGGAAGAAGUAAUGUCACCUCGACCGUCUACGACACCUAACAGUCAGGAAGGUAUGAGUGCAGCAAGUAUCGCAGCAGGUUCUGGUCGAGGUCGGAGGUCAAAUGGAAAGAUGAACUCACAGGCUCCAGUCUUAAAUAACGAUCCAUGGGUCAAGAUCACCGAGGAGCCAAAGUCCCGUGGUCUGCGCUUCCGCUACGAAUGCGAGGGAAGAUCAGCCGGUAGUAUACCCGGAGAAAGAAGUCAGAUUGAACGGAAAUCUUUCCCUGCAAUUAAGAUCCAUAAUUACCAAGGAACAGCAGUUGUGGUUGUGUCAUGUGUCACCAAAGACAAUCCACCAAAGUCACAUCCUCACAGCCUUGUAGGGAAGGGUUGUGACAAGGGGGUCUACACUCAGAAGAUCAAAUCCCAUGAUAUGGUUGCUACCUUCCCUCACCUGGGUAUUCAGUGUGCGAAGAGGAAAGAUGUCGACGAUGCUCUCAAGCAGCGUGAGACCAUUAGAGUUGAUCCUUUCUCCACUGGUUUCAAACACAAGGCCAACCAGAUUGACCUCAACGUGGUACGGCUCUGUUUCCAAGUGUUCUUGCCCGACAGCAAUGGUCGUUUUACCAGGAUCGUAGCUCCUGUCGUCUCUAAUCCUAUCUAUGAUAAGAAGGCUGCUGGUGACCUUGUGAUUUGCCGCCUUGACAAGCAUGCCGGCUCAGUCAGAGGAGGUGAAGAGGUGUUCCUACUGUGCGAGAAAGUUAACAAAGACGAUAUCAAGGUGAAAUUCUUUGAAGAAAAUGAUGAUGGGAGCCCACUUUGGGAGGCGUAUGGCGAAUUUGGUGCCAGUGAUGUCCACAGACAGUUUGCCAUCGUCUUUAAGACGCCGCCAUAUUUCAAGAGAGAUAUCAAUAAACCAGCUAAUGUUUGGCUGCAAUUGAUUCGUCCAUCAGAUGAGGAGACGAGUGAACCAAAACAAUUCAUUUACAAACCUGAGGAUCACGAUCCUGAGUACAUCUUGGCAAAGAAGAAGAGGAAAGUGGCCUCCAUGAAUCCUCUGUCCUACGACCCAGCAUCUAUUCCGAGUACCGUCCCACUGGGUGAUCCUUUGGCUGGGGAUGCUGAAAUGAUGGACAUCAGCAACUCUACAGUUAAAGAAAGAGUUAAACUCAAAGCAUCGAGGAAUAUUCAGACGAAAGAAGAUUCUGCUCAGUCCACCUCAGCAGCUGGAAUGGAUCAGUAUCCGUUGUACGACAUGUCUGGUACCACCGAUGCAGCCCUCAUGCAGCAAAUGGGAUACUCACAAGGAUACCAGAUGCAGGCGCAACCUGGUGGUGGUGAUAUGUACUACUCAUUGCCAGCUGGCGAAGUGCAAUCGGUAUCGACAGAGGGAAUGACCCAUCAGCAAAUUUUGGAGAGUUUAGCACAGGGCGGUGUUGAGCAAGUGAAUAGUUCCGAUAGUGCCGAGCUGAGACGAUUCGUACAAGAGAACUUUCCAAAUAUGCAAGCAGUGGAUACGGAAGGGAAUAUUUCGUUACCUGGGUCCUUGCUAGCGAGUAUGGAGCCACUUGAUGUGGCUGCCAACGUCGACGUCAGUGGUGGAGGGGAGGCAGGUCCUCAGUUUCACAACCUUCAGACAGUCACUUCUGGCCAGCAGCAGUCAUGAUCUGGCAAUACAACUUACUAGUUUACCUCUUUGACAAUCCAUGUCAUUAUUGUUCUUGGUUUGUCAACCAUUUUGACAUAUUCUGUCGUUGGGUCCAAACUCCUGUGGUUCCAGCGACAUGAUGCGUCAUUUCAGUCAACCGUUAAAACAUAUUUUCAGGCAUCUGACGUUUGGAAACAGUGAACUUGAAUCCGCAAACGAGUUAGAAAGAAAUAGAUCCUUUUUCGACACAAAAAUAGGGUUGGUGAUGUCCCUGGCACCAUAGCUUUUUUGAGGCCUUGAAGGAAGCUUUUGAAUAAAGUGGUAUCUUGGUAUGAAUUGAGUUGUUCUGAUGGAAAAAUUUGUGCUUUUUAAUGGGUUACUUGUACAGAUAUAUCUGAGUGAAGGUAUUGUUAAACAAAACAAGUCAAUUUGGUUAAUCCCGAGUGAGGUUGUGAUUGACUGGGAGAAGCUGUAGGUUAAAUGAUUGCCCAAAGGUGGCGUGAUGAAUGUCGGUAGUAAAACCAAGCCUUGCCCACCAAAUGGGUAAAGUGUGUAAAGAAAACCCAGAGUUGUUACAAUGCUUUUAAAAGCAGCAUGUAGUUAAAUUAUUUCUAUUGUUUAUCAUCCUCCCAUAGCAAGCCUUUUGAUCACUCCUCAUGUUCACUCACACAAAGCCCUGCUGAAUUUUGACCUGACGAAGGAGCAUGUUAUGGUUGAUUAAGUGUUAAUUGAGUGUAUUUAAGGAAUGAUGCAAAGGCCUGCUCUGGGCGGAUAAUGUUUAUUCUUUUCUGGGGUAACUAGAAACCACCCCUUCGUGGGCAGCAAAAAAAGGGAGCUGUAUCAUUCAUGUUCUAAUGGACCAUAGGCCUUGGGUAAACCAGUGUCUCUGCAUUUAGUCAAUUACUUUGUUUUUUGAAACAACAAUUUAAAAAAAAGAGAAAAAUAAUAAUGGGCUGCAAAUAAAUUUGUCUUCUGUGAUGGGAGCAAGCAUGAAGUAAGUUUUUAGGAAGUUAGUUCUUUAGUAUUUUGAUGUACAAAAAUCUGGAUAAAUACUGUAUACGUAACAUACUUAAUGUCAUGUACAUUAAUUUAUGUUCUGAUAUACAAAAAUCUGGAUGAAUACUGCAAACAUGACAUUAAUGUAAUGUACAUGUACAUUGCUAUAAAAAAUGAACAAGAUUGGUAUACACUCUCAUGUUGUGAGCAUUCCUUGAAGAAGGGAACAAGUUCUGUGCCAUAGUACAAAAUGUAUUUCAAAGGUGCAGGGUAUGCAAACACCGUGCGAUGAAAUAAACCCAAUAAGGGUGAAAAUUAUGUCUGAAAAAAGAUAUCUUGUCUUGAUGUUUUUAUGAUGAUUACAGAAAUACUGUUUGCAUCUUGAUGACUUUUUAACAUUGAACAAAAUAAUUCCUGACAAUAGGCUCCCCACUGUUAUGGUUGUGGCCCUGUUGUUGACUUGAUAGAGAUUUUAACUUUGUUGUUGGUGAUACAUGUAGAUAACGAAAGUGCACUUUUUGAAUAUAGAAAUAGCUGAAACAUCCUGUACUGUCAAUCGGGAAGUACUGUAAACUCAGAACAAUUCACACCCAUUUGCAGACAGCAGAAUGUUAGAUUCUGACAAGCCAUUGUAUAUAAAGUAAAGUUGUUGCCUAGGACUGGUGUAAAAUUCACACAUUUGCAAAAGAUUUCAGACCUAGCCGCUAUUGUCAGCAGUUGCAGUAGAUAUAUAUCAAUCCUGGUCGUUCCUAAAAUUCAGGAACGUUCCCAAUUUAGGGAAGUCUUGGUCUUUCCCAAGUUUAGAAAUGUUCCUGCUUUCAAUUUGGAAUAACCAGCACUGCAAUAUUGUCAAAUUUGGCAGUAUUUUCUGUCUGAACAUCAAGGUCUAAAGGUUUUGCAACAGUUGUGAGUUUACACACAUUUACAAGUAGGCUAUGAUUCUGUACACUUUUAAUUGUUAUAUAGGCUCUUAAUUUUACCGGAUGGUUGUUUAUUGAAAAUGCAUAACUCUAAAGUCACUUAUGUAAGGUCUGGUAGGUAUUGGCUUUUUCAAUACAGUGAUCUCACUCCAAUGCCAAUAACACCAAUGAAGACCUUGCAUAUUGAGACUAAAAAAAUAAAUCUAAUGGAUUCGAGUAUAUAUUGGAUGAUGUAUUGCUAUGUUGCAUUUGUUUUUAAGACAUUAGUGUAGAAUAACUCCAGCUCACAUUUGGGGCCUCAUUUAAUUUGAACAAUCAUGUCAACCAUUAUAACCAUUAUAGUUCAUAAUGCAUUAGUUUUGGUAUAAAUGUGCUUUAUUUUUGUACAUAAAUGUCCUUGUAUUGCAUCUUAUAAUGGAGUGUGCAUUGUUUUGUAUUACACAAAAUACAAAAUUCUGGGGCUUCAUUCUGGUUAAAAAAGCUAAUUCUUGAUAUUCAUUAGAGUUUCAAAACAUAUGCUGCUUGAGAAAAAUGGAAAAUCCGUUACCGAGUGGUUGGCCCAGAGCUGUCUUCUGUUUAGUUUUGUAAAAUACUUUAAAAAUGUAAUAUAAAAAUCAGUAAAUAACAUCUUACAUGCUGUGCUGUAACAGCAUCCUUCUAAGAAAUUUGUUAUUUUUAAAUGUGCCCCAUUGUGUAUAGUGUAUGUUGCUAUUUGUAAAUAAAUGCCAGGUAGUCCAGA